AUGAACGACACCAUCGGCGGCCAGGCCAAGAGGCAGCGGGCGUCAGCGUUGGUGGACUCGGCGGAAGCCCAGGCCCAGGCCCAGGCCGGGCGGGUCGACGGGGGGUUCGUCGGGCCGCUGGUGCGCGAGGUCAAGCGCGAGAACGCGAGCCUGCGGGACGAACUGACCCAGCUGACCACCCACCGCGUGCGCGCGUUGGAGGACGACAACCGCCGGCUCCACGCCGAGCUGCUCCGUCUGCGCAGCGUCGUCGACGAUCUUCAAUCGCUACGCAACAACCACCAACCGCCGAACUCACAGCUACAGCUCUAUCUCAACCCCGCCUUCAUAACAUCAUCAUCACCGUCGCCGCCGUCGCCGUCUUCGUUUUUCAACCCGUCGUUGUCGUUGUCGUCGUCGUCAUUGCUGUCGCCUUCGUUUUUGUCGUCGUCGGACCUCGGGCCGCUGUCGGCGCGUGGCGCCGGUGGUGGGUGGGCUCCCAAUCGGGGCGGUCGGCCUACUUGGGCGGGACUGCUGGGCAUGCCCGCGUUCCGACCCCUCGCGAAGCGCGCGCUUCCGUUCCUCGACGACUACGCCGGCGAACUCGCCACCCGGCCCUGCGUCUUCGAUGACGUCUUCAAUGACAUCUACGCGGUGUUUGACAUGAGAGAACCGGCCGAUCCACAGGAACUGUGCGUGAACUCACCGAUCUUCACCUAUGCAUCCCCGGGCUACUGCGCCGUCACCGGAUACGAGAUGGAAGAGCUCGUGGGCAAGCCCAUCCAGACGAUCUCGCGCACAGACAAGGAAACGCUCUUCAUCGUUCUCGUGAAUAUCUUCGCCAAGCCCCCCUCGCCCGUGGGCGAUUUGUGGGCCACCGUGCAGACGUGGCAGCACAAGAACGGCACUCCGCUCAUGCUUCGCCUGCGUCACCAGCUCUUCUACAACCAGCUAUGGCAGUGGUUGGUGCUGGUGACGGAGUCGGUGCUGGAAAGCCCGCACCUCCAGCCGCAGAACGACAUUCUUCACACGCCCGACGAGUUCCAGCGCUUCCGCACCCGCUUCCCGGCCUUCUUCGACUCGCUCUUCACCACCAGCACCCGGACCGCCAGGCUCAAGGCCGCCGGCUCCACCACCACCAGCCUUGGUCGGCCGCUGUCGGCUUCGUUCGGCGUUGAGCAGUGGUUCACUGCGCCGCUACCCAGCGGAGGCGUGACCGGCGCCACCAUCCGGGAGCUCGAUGACGACAGUGCCGACACGCCCCCGCCGCAGGCCGUGGCGCCGGCGGAGGUCACGGGCGACUACCAGUUGGGCGACAUCCUCAGCAUCCUUGACUCGCCGCGCGCUCCCUUCUCCCCCUUCUCCACCUGA